AUGAAUUCACAAACGCCAAGCCGAAGCCCAAAACCGCGAGGAAGAAUCGACCAAAUAUCGACUGACGAUGACAAUUCGUGCAGCCGCGUUGCGCGCCGCGCCGCGUCUGCCAAUCUUGGCUACACUUCAGCCAAGCGCGAGCGAGCAGUACUGCCAACUUUUUUUAAAAAUAUUUUUGAAAACUCGGGAAUUUCUAUCGCCGCCACGUUCACAGCGCUAGAAUAAGUAGGAAAGGUAGGAGCAAAUGACACAAGGACUGCGUAUGACUGCGGUCAGGUGAUCGCAAGAGCGCCCUAACUCUCUCUCCACCCCGCCUCUUCAUUCCCUACAUUUCGCCUCCUCUCCAUGCACAUUUUCCGAACUUUCUAGAGUCUCUGGUGGUAUGACUCAAAUCAUAUCGUCACUUCCUCAUUAAACUCAAAAUCAUUUCUAUUGGCUCGAAUAUAUUUCUUAGAAAAAAAAGCCUCAAACGACUUUUCUGUGUGCAAAAUCUAAGCGUCUCUUUUUUUUUUGAAACUUAGGCUUCUUGGAUAUCGCUAUUUUUAUUUAAGUUUCAGAGUGCUCAGACAACUCUUGAGAGCUCUUUUAGAACCCCAUCAAGGAUCUCGCAUUUCGGCUCCUUUUUUUUUUAAAUAUACAGACGAAUAAAAAUACUAUAAAAGUAAAAUGAUCAAAAUUUUAGUUUUAGCCAAUUGAACCAUGCUGAAAAUAAAUAAAACUAGUUCUCUAUACUACCAUGUUUACGCUCAAACUAGCGAAGUUCGUCUCUGAUUUGACUUUUUUGAAAUUUUGUGUGAGAUUGUGAGAUCUCACAGACGAGCCCAAGGGACGACUAUCGCAAAAUUUCGAAAACGUGACAAGGCAAAAUUACACACCUUACGUUUUUCCACUCGGUUUCACUGGCCCACUGAAACAGGAAAAAAUAAAGUACAGACAUUUUUUCUAAGUUCCUAGGCACAUACGAUUAUCAUCGAUUCCGAAUCGUUUCUAUAAUUUUGAGGUUCUUCGAUGAAAAAAAAUGAAAAAAAUUACAAUAGGAUUGAAGUUCAGAAGUUGAAAGAACGCGUGAAGUCGCCAUAAGUAGUGUAAUAAAAGGAAAUUCCGUAGAAAUGAAAAAAAAUGCGAAGCAGUGCGAGCGAGACAGCCACAGAGAAGAAAGAAAAAACGACAAAGACGCGAAACGAGUUGUGGAUGGUAAACGACGGAGGUCGCGACCCUCAGGCGCUCGAUGGCAAGCUGGAAAUAUCGAUGCCUACUGCGAUACACGCACUGACGCUCGAGGUCGACCCGCCGGAACUCAGCGAUCGCUUCAAAAAAAAAAACCUGUCGCUGCAUUUCCCGCCAAGCUAUUUUAAGGCCUCAUCUCUUGAGCAUACUAUCAACUCAACCUUUUCAAACAAACUAUCUCGAGCCGGUCUUAAAGUUUUUUGUGAAAGUGUAGAAACCAGAGAAGGUUACUAAAGGCUAUAACUCAACAAGAUAAAAAAGAAAAAGGAACCUAAAAAGAAGCAAAAGCUCUUGAGAAGAUACUGUGGUUCAACAGGGUGAACUGAAGAAGAACGGAACAAAGGAGUAGUUGCAUCAGAAUCAGCAGGAGCUCCAAAAAGGGGCACCCGUGACAAGUGUAGCCUGAGGUGGUGCGAGAGAGCCAAGUCGCAGAGAAGCAGACAGUCAUGUGACGUGCGGCUGAUGGCUGUUGAUGUCGUGGCUCCUGGUAUAUGUGUUCCGUGUUUUUGAACGCGAUACCGUGGCGUCACACCGCGAGAUCCUCACCCUAUUUACCGCUUGAUGUAAGCAAAUGAAACUUUCAGAACAGCUUUCUCAAAGUCUUGAGUUUUCAUUUUCAUGUUGGCAACAAAAAACUGCGAAAUAAAGCCGAUUCAGUAUUGAAAAGAUGAAAGAAAAUGGUCUGGACGUCGUCUUAUACGUCGACACAACGUUGAUAAUUCGCAAACUUUAUGGCUGGUUUUUCGGAUGCUACUACUACGGUAUACUGUUUUCUCUUUUGAUUUCUUAAUUAAUAUUUGAAUUACUUACAUGUGUAUCACAGUAUUAUACUAGGGUAAAGUUGUUCAAAAACUUUCUUAGAUCACUGUGGGCCAUAAAACCCCUUUUUCUUUUUGUACUAACAGAUAUCCUGAGAAAAUCAGUAUUUAUUUUAUUUCUCUAGGAAAAUACUCCUCGCUAAAAAGUAAACCAUCAUAAAUUGGCCAUUUUGAGACUUUGAACUUUCUCGAAAACUAGGAAGUCGUAAAAAUAAAACUUCUAGGGACUUUAGAGAAGAAAAUUCUGGUAGAUGGAGAAAAUUCCAAGAAAGUUUAUUUCCAGCUUUUUGAAUUCAGUGAGCUGUUAUUGAAAAUUUUGGUUCGGAAAAAGUUGGGCAAGGAACAUUUUUCGGAGUCUUCUUACAAACCCGAUAAUUUUUCCCUUAUUCAGACAAAGCGACCAUGUUCUUCGUAGCUAGCGGUCUUUGGUACCCGCAACAAGGGUCAUGUGAGAAAAGUGCGAAUGUCUAACGAAAAAGUGAGAUGACGAAAUACCUAGGAUACACUCUUAUUCAUAUUUUUAAUACAACAGGUGUUCAUGGAGAGAACACCCAGAAGCAUAACCAAUUGAGGUGAUUAAGCAAAUUACUUCCUUCGCCUAAUCUCGCGGCGGCUUAUUUUCCGAGUAAAGCAAUUGAGGAACUAGUGAGAGAGCAGCAAGGAACAGAGGGAGCCAGAAUGAAAGAGAAGAAAAAAAAAAAACUCGGCGGAAGAUUGCGUGGGCUCAGAAGCCCCAGGGGUCGACGGCUGUUCCGUCACUUCAAGAAACUCACUUUGUCAGGUUUAAAUUAAAUCGGUUUUAAGUUUUGAUAAAACUUUUUUCAAAGCGUAGAUAUGAACCAGGUAGUUUUAAGGGUAACAUCCAAAAAACGAAUAAAAACGCCAAAUUUUUGCGAUAAUUGGAGGAUUGUGGUCGAUUUUCGCACGGAUACGCAAACAGCGAAAAUGCUGGUAGUAAAGUUCGAUUAAAAAAACCUGAAUCAUAAAAUCUCAAGCCUUUCACAAUUGCCUUUUUUCGUAAAUUUCCUUUCAAAAAUGUUUUAUCUAUGAGUAAUAGAUUUUUAGUUAUUUUUUUUGAAAACAGAAAUUGGAAUAAUGAGGGUCACAGUUCGUUUCAGAGUCUGAAGGAAACCAAACGCCGACUUAAAAAAAAGAAGUCUUUUUUACCUUUUUAACGUCCGGUGUGCUUGCGUACCUGACUCUAUAACCGACGACAGUUGGUGACUUACGCUUUGUGCCUAUUUUUGAAGUCCGACGUCACCACCGCUUAUCAGAAGAAAAUAGCUGAAGAGAACGUCGUCUCUUACGUCAUGCACACAACUCCAAGUAUCCUUUCCGCAAGUACGACUGACGUCGCGCAGAGAACUCAUACAAUCUUUCUAAAAAAAAAAAGCCAAAAGAGCUGACGAAAGAAAGAAGUUGAGAACGCAAAAGUGUGAGAAGAGGAGGAAGGGUCGAUAGCUGCGUUUGAGGCGGCGAGAAAGAACAGCUUUCGUCGGGGGAACGCGAAUUCGCUACGAUAACCGCGUCCCGUGACACUGAUAGUGUCUGCCUACGUUCUUGUGGGACGACAAGCCGCAGGAUCGACACGUCCACUUGA